GAACAUCUGGGCUACAGCAGCUGGAUCCUUAUAAAACGUAUUUAAUCCCGUUCCGCGCGUUACUAAGGAGAUUAUCGUCUUCAAAGGACUCGAUUGUGCUGCCUGCCGAGAAGACUCGGAAUAUUCCUGGAAUUAAGGCCAGUCAGUGUUCUACCUGCUAUGGAACAAUCAAUACCUCUUUUACUGCUUGCUUUCACCAGACUGGGAACAUCUCUGUAUUAUGAAGGCUCAGGAUACCCAGUUGAUGAGAGCUAUAACAAUGAAGUGUAUGUUGAAGCCCGUCCUUCUGGUCCUUUACUGGAUUAUAGAGCUCCUCGUUGGUGCUAUGACCUCAAGUUACAGGAUGGAGAAGCCGCUUGCUAUUCCCCCCGGGGAGGGGGUUACCGUAGCACCUUGGGGACCCGAUGCCGCUUGUCAUGUGAUCAGGGUUUCCGACUCAUUGGACAGAGCUCAGUACAGUGCUUACCAAGUCGGCGCUGGUCUGGGUUUGCAUACUGUAGAAGGAUUCAGUGCCAUGUCCUGCCCUCACUGCCUCAUGGCUCUUACCAGUGUGCAGCUGGUGUUUAUGAGGGUUCCCGCUGUGAUUACUCUUGUGCCCAAGGCUACCAGAUAGAGGGAGACCGUAGUCGGAUCUGUAUGGAAGAUGGCCUGUGGAGUGGUGGAGAGCCUGUCUGUGUAGAUGUGGACCCUCCAAAGAUCCAGUGCCCUACCGACCGGGUGAAGAUUGCCGAACCAGAGAAACUGACUGCUGUGGUCUACUGGGGAAAACCUAUGGUCAAGGAUUCAGCUGAUGGUGUUAUCACAAGAGUAACUCUCAGAGGUCCAGAUCCAGGGUCGGAGCUCCCAGAAGGGGAACAUAUAAUCCGAUACACUGCAUAUGACAGAGCCCACAACCGGGCAAGCUGUAAAUUUACAGUAAAAGUGCAAGUGAGACGAUGCCCCAUCCUUACGCCACCUCUUCAUGGAUACAUCACCUGUAGCUCUGCAGGAAAUAACUACGGUGCUACCUGUGAGUAUCACUGUGAGGGAGGAUAUGAACGCCAUGGACCCUCUGCCAGAGUUUGUCUAUUCAGUCGGAACUGGGCUGGAACCCCUGCUACCUGCACAGCCAUGCAAAUAAAUGUCAAUGUGAACUCAGCUGGAGGCUUCCUAGACCAGUUCUUUGAGAAGCAACGUCUCCUUAUCCUCUCUGCCCCUAGUUCUGCUGAUCGCUAUUAUAGGCUUCAAAACUCUGCCCUGCAGAAUGCAAGAUGUGGUUUGGAACAGCGUCAUGUGAUUAUGAUUGAGUUAGUGGGAGAAUCACCAAGAGAAGUGGGUCGUGUACGAAAUCUGCAACUCUCGCCAGAACUCAUUGAGCAAUUAAGACAAGCCUUGCGCAUUUCGCGGUCCUAUUUUAACAUGGUUCUCAUUGACAAGUAUGGUGUUGAUCGAGAACGUUAUGUGGAGCCUACUACAUCUGAUGAGAUCUUCACUUUCAUCGAUACAUAUUUACUCAGCCCUCGGGAGAUCACUCAGCUGGAUGCAGAGAGAGAGAACUGUAUUUAGUGGACAAUUAAGAAACAACAUUGAAACAAACAGGCAUGGAACACUAUAGCCCUAAAGAGAUACUCAUUGACCAGGUUUUAUGGGUUCACAUA